GCGGUCCUCUGAGUUUUUCAAAUUAACAGUGCAUUUUCCUUCUUCUUCCAGUUCCACCACCUCGAUCUUCAUUCCGUCGUGACGUGUUUCGGUGAAACAUUCGAAGAUGACAAGUUCAUAUCCCGGUAGUAGGCGUGGUGGCCGUUUCCAGGCUAGCACGCUGCACUCUGGUACUAGUAGGGCCAGAAGUACCGCACAACGGACUAGCAGUUCACAGAGUACGACGAGACCGAUGCAAAGCAAGAAGCAUGUGGGCGCUUCGACUUUUUUCAGUUAUGGUGGCGGGAAUGAAUUUGACUAAUAAAGGUUGCUAAACAUCAUGAUCAAGAUUAUGAGUCAGCGUCUGUCAAGCUGUACUUUACAACGCAUUCGUUCAAAAACUGUCACUGUAGAUUCCUCAGCAACCCCUUUCUCAUCUAAUUCCCACAUACUGGCAUCGCAAACGCUGGGACGACUGCACCUGUUGGUUCUUCUCAUGGAAGUUAUACAAGUUCUAGUGCUGGUGGACACGGACAUCCUCGUACUGGAUAUCAUGCUCAUGGAACUUCAGGAGGUGCUGGCGGCCAUUUCACGACUAUGUCUCCCGCUUCUGGAGGAGGACAUCGUGCUACGAGAAGUUCUUCCUCCGCACGACUUGAAAAGCACCAGCAAGCUUCUUCAAGAGGACCACUGGAAAGAAAUACGACUUCUGCAGUGGAUAAAAGUAUUCAAUUUAUCACUGGAGAAGGAGUAUCUGCUUUUCUGAAGAUAUCGUGGAGAUGUAUUGAUUGUCCAUUCUUCCUAGCAUCUUCGCUACUAAACAUUCGCUUACUUUGCAGGUUUUUUCGACGUUGACGUAAGCGGUUCUGAUACUGAUGUUGUUGAUGUGCGAAGGUUGCCGACGAGGGGGUCCACUCCAGGACCUUGGGUUCUGGAUUUUGUGGAUAAGGUACAUUAAUAGGAACUAGCUAUUAGAGAUUUAAAUGCACUCAGUGUUCAUAACCAAUAAAUAUACCUAAGACAAGUGAAGAUUGAGAUGUCAUUACUCUUACUCACCGUCAUCGUUUUUUAUGGCUUCGACUUCGUAAUCGAUCCUAAGCUCAAGAACUUCACUCAGGACGCCGAGGAAGCCAGAGAGCGUGAGACAUUGAUGGACCUAGUUCCUGGGACUGGGAUAGCACCCACAACGUCAACUACGAGCGCUUCAUCGACUACUACAUCAGGAGGAAGUUUUCAAAUGGGAGGCUCGACAUCGUCGUCUAAGACCUCCUUUGGUAGUGGUACAAAUUCAACUACAACUGGUUCUGGUUCGAUUGGAGGUGCUGGUGUUGGAGGAGGUACUACUACUACUACUACUACUACUACUACUACUACUACGAUGACAGGUGGUGUUGGAGGAGGUACUACUACUACUACUACGAUGACAGGUGGUGUUGGAGGAGGUACAGGGGGCGUAACCAAGAAGUUGUUUAAUAUGUCGAAAUUUUCGUUCCCACGUGGCGGGCCAGGGAGACUCGGAAGCGCGACGCUGGACAAUUUGAUGUCUGAGUAUAGUUUUGGCGGAGGCGCAUCCAUCGGUAGUGGAAGUAGUGCUGGUGGUGCAGGUGCUGCGACUGGUACUACGACUGGUAAUCCCUCCGCUGGAACAAGUAGCACACCUGGGCCCGGUAUUUCUAUUUCGGCGGGGACGAACGCAUCUUCUUCCUCGCAAUCCGGCCUGCUGGCACAGCCUGGUGGUCGAGAAGGAGGUGAGAAAACUACUACUCCGCUUGCUGGUGCUUCUUCUACCUCAACACCAAAAGCAAUUCAACAUCUAUCCGUGAAUACAUCUCUCAAGAAUAGCGCAGCUCCCGCUUCGGGGGGCAAUGGUGGAGGUGGAAAUGGAAUGCCUCCAACAAGUGCAUCAUCGUCAUCGGCCACGACGACAAACAAUCUCCUUCCCACUAGUGCUAGUGCUUCUGCUAGCACUUCAGCAUCUGGAUGUGCUAACCACGUCUCCAGUAUUACUACGCCAACUUCGAGUUCGUCCGGGAAUAUAGCACCUACUUCGGCGGGAGGACUACUUGGUUAUUCACCCCCGACUACGAACAGCACGACAACACCUGGCGUUUCCGCCUCAGCUGCCGAACGUUGCUCUUCUAGUACCACGACAUCCACAAGCGCAACUAGACCCAGCAGCAGUACCAGACCGAGUAGUAGUAAGGGCAGUGGAACCGGAUUUGAUCUGGAUAUGCCUCUAGAUCUGGAGUUGUUUGACAUUGAUGAUUUCCAGAGUAGACCAAGGACUUCAACCUCCAGGCCAUCCAGUGCGCCCAAACACAAGACAAUUAAGGCUGUACUUCUGGCUAAUUCAUUUUCAUCUUAUAUAUUCCUGAGGACAUCCCUGAGCCUGAAGCUACGUAUGGGGGACGAGAGUAUCGCAGUCGUGCGAUACCCUCUCUGGCAUAGUAGUCCUUUCAACAAGGAUGGAUAAGCUGGAAGAUGAAUUACAACGGAGAUGAGCGUUAAGACAACACAACAGCAGAGCCUCUUGCUGGUGGAUCAAGAGCCUCCUCGUGUAGCAUACUAUGGACCUGGAUCGUCAUCAUCUUCGUCAUCUAUUGCAGAACAGCAGCUUCCGGCUUCGCACGAAGUGGACGUUGUUUUUAAGGCUUGAUGUUACUCCUGUAAUUGUUACUCCUGUAAACCAUUCCUGUAUUUUUAAUUUUACAGACUCCUGUAAUUGAUCUUCUCGAGGAGCAAGAAUUCUUGAGUAAUGCAUCUAUUCAAGAAAUCUUCUUGAACAAGAGGAGCAAGCAAGUCGUUCAGUGGAAGUGGCGGAUGUGAUUCUGUUUCUUUUGUGCUGUAAUUCAUCUUCCUCCCUCGGAGGUGUUGUCCGUCGACCUUACUCAGGUCACCCAUCAUCCUCGGAGUCGAGCAGGUGCUGGCGGAGCUCGAUGGGCAGGAUCCAUAACCUGUAACCUAACCAGGCAAGCAUCAUAUUUAGCCCCUUUUGCAAGGGUAAGGCACACCUCCAAAGUAAGAUGCUUUGAUGAAUUAUUGCGAGCUCUAAUGUUUCAAGGCCGACCUCUAGACGCGGAGGGUCUUCCGGUGGCGGCAUCACCCCUACUGCUGUGCUAUCCUCUUCUUCGAAUCUGAGUCCGACGUCUCCCGUAUCUGCCUCUGGAACUGUGCCUCUAGACCCUUUGCUGGAGCCGCCGACGUCGAAUAUGAUAGAUCGAGUCGCGAUGAUAGAGGCAGCGUCACGUGCUUUGCGCGAGAGAUACCACUAUUUUGGAAGCAGUACGAAGAAAAGCGAUCGACCGGAAAGUCGGAAAGGGUCAAGAAACCGCUCUUUGGACCACGCGCCAGUAGACGACGACGCUGACGUUAUCCAAAGCAUAGAGAGCAUGGAUUUGUCGUAUUUCUUUAUAGUUACUUAUCAUAAGAUAAGUUGGAGAAGGAGAUGGAAACCAAACUUGCUACAAGUACAAGAUGAACAUGUCUAAUUACUUUGAUACGCGUGAUUGAAAUUCAUUGAAUAAGAGUGAAAAUAUGACGACAUACCAACGUACUUAGACUUUUUAUAUUAUAAUGCAUCUUCUAUUAAUUAAUAUUUCCCUUACUUUCAUUCUGCUCUCACUCUCACCGCCUUCUAGGUACCAAAACGCCAAAGCCGAAGAAGGAAUGGGAGUGAACAAUCGGCGACCACCAUCACGGAAGAAAGACCCUUCAGUCUCUGCGGCACAAGGUUUAGGCGGCGCAGUUGGCGCACACGGUGGGGGGUCGAGUUCGGCUCGUGGAGGGGGUCGUGGGCGCUUCACCAAACGACCACCGUCACGGCACAAGGAAAAGGCCCAACAUUUGGAGUGUCAAGAAGGGGAUUUGGCUGGUAUUGGUUUUGCUUUUCGUGAUAGUCGAUCAUAAGCUGCAUAGAUAAAAUAAAGGAGGUUAAAAAUAAAGUACCAAGAAUCGUUUUUCAUUUUCUAGUGAUUGUGCUGAUCACUUACUUAAAUCUAACUAUGUAUGACGACAUUUUCCCCUCCCCUCAACACAGAUUCAGUCGACGAAACCAUCGAUUUGGGCACAAAUGCCGGAUCGACGCGUAUCCAACGCAGUGACUCAGCGGCUGCAUUAAGGACUACGUGCAGAUGGGCACAGGUGGUGGAGGACGAUGACCUAGAUAACGUCGAUUUGGACUUGCUGGAUGUGGGAUCAGGCGGCGGAGCAACAUUUUUGGGGGAUCAUGCCGGUAAGACAUUUUCAUUUGAUUCAUGCUGUAACAGAGUCUCGUCUUUCUUACCAUGGAUGAAUCAUGGUGUUCCUCCCUCGUUGUAAACUGUCGACUGUUCGUAAGUAGUAGUAGAAGAGGAUAUUGUUCGAUGUAAGAAAGACGGACGACAGUUUGCGAAGGAAGAAGCAUUACAUCAAACAAUAUCCUCUUCCACUGCUACUUACUGAUUUCUCCUUUGCAUCUGUUAGCAUCUAACUUACGACCAAACUAACUCUAAAUCCUCCACCAGGUGAAGACUUCGAGGGCACAUCGAAAGGAGGCAUCGGCACGUGGGCCGCGGCAACGACAACUGGUUGGUUGCAACGUCAGAAGACGGCGGCUGAAGAUCAAAAUGCUAGUGCCAAUACAAAACCACUUCGACCCUCUUCUAGUGCUGGGAUUAGUCGCAGUCAUCGGGUACUGCAACUGCUUUUAGAAAACGAAAUUACUGGAUGAGGUGCAGUGCUAGUAACUUGUCUCAUUAUCGUUAUUCUGAUUCACUUUCUUCACUUUCUUAACAAAUUGUUCAUGAUCAAUUUUUUUUUCAUUGGUGGCACUACAACAACGCAACUUAUAAAAUAUAAUUAUAUAACUCUUCUUGCUUCAUCAUCUACCUUAAAAGUGCUGCUCCUACGCCUACCACCAACCAAACCAACCAUGCUAGGACUCUUCGAGCAAGGCCUCGUUAGGGAUGCACUUGGAGGAUAUGGAGGUUGACGACAAUGUUCCAACUAUCGUCUGCAAAAAAUCCCGUCCGAGUUCCUCGGUGCAUCGGAAAGUGCCCUUUAAUUCCUCCUUGGACGAGGAUUUCUUGCAGCUUUUUGCAAGGUGAGGACGACAGUUUGCGGAGGAGGGGCUUUGGAGGUGUUCAUUAUCAUCAUUUUUUAUGUUUGUGAAGAUGGGCUGAGUCUGAGUGAUGUUUGUUGGAAUCACACUGUGCUAGUGCUUCUGCUGAGUUGUUCUCAUUCACAGCAUUUAUGUUGGUUCCAUUGCUCAUUCCAUCAUAACAAGUAGAGCGAUAAACCAAACCAAUGUUGACCACGACGAUACUGUUGACCACGUAGAAAAGCUUCAAGAAAUUCUCACUAUGUUGUCUGAAUCGUUAUACUGAUGAUAGAUUCUAGCUUCAAACACAGUUAUCUAAAUCGUAGCGAUGAAGAAAAUGCACAUAUUGGUACCCUAAGAAACUGGUCCUUCGCUUCAGUUUGAGACAAGAGGACUUGGUUCUAGUACCUACAACUACCAAUAAUCGAUGCCGUUUCUUGAAAAAACGUUGAUCGGAUUUUCAUAAUUUUUAUAACGUGAUCUUGCUCCGUAACUAAGAACUCAAAUAGAACCUACAUAUCGGUAAAAAAUCACCUUCGAAAAUACAAGAUCGACCUAUCU